UGACUGUGAAAUGAGUACCCAACUUACCAAUAAAACAAUAAUGAAAGCUAUUAGAACCUUUUCUGUAUUUGAAUAUAAAGGACCCACUUCACAAUAUGACAUAACAAAAUUGGAAAAGUAGGAAACAGCUUGGAAACGUAUAUGCAUAUCAUGUUGGCUUGUUAGGCUCCAUAUUAGUGUUUGUACCUUUGAAUAAAAUUGUACAAUGUCGUGAAACAGCUUGGAAGCAUCGUGCAAAUGGUGGGAAACAGCUUGGAAGCAUCGUGCAAAUGGUGUUGUACAGAUCGACCUCAAGCACUAUAUAUCUGUGUAUGUGGUGCUCUUAAGAGUAUAUUUUCCAUUAGAGAAACUCAAUUUUAUUUUGUGAGAGAAAUUACAAUGAGAAACUUUAAUAUUCUUAUAUUCCAUGCAUUGUUGGUGUUGUUCUCCAUUGUCGGGUUCAACUCAGCAACAGAGAAUCAAAAAAUGAUAUGUAAAGAGAUUGAGAGACGUGCGCUCCUCAAGUUCAAACAAAGUCUUCAAGAUGAGUUUGGCAUGCUGUCUACAUGGAAGGACAAUCCAAAUGCAGAAUGCUGCAAAUGGAAAGGAGUUCAAUGCAACAAUCAAACCGGCUAUGUUGAAAAGCUUGAUCUACAUGGUUCUGAUGUUCAACAUCUGAGCGGUGAAAUCAAUCUUUCAAUAACUGAGCUACAACAUCUAAAAUAUCUAGACCUCAGUUAUUUGAAUACUAGCAGUCAAAUUCCAAAAUAUAUGGGCUCUUUGAGUAACUUAAGAUAUCUUGAUCUCUCAAAUGGUGGUUAUUAUGGGAAGAUUCCUUCUCAAAUUGGGAAUCUCUCACAAUUGCAACACCUUCAGCUUUCUUAUAACUUGUUAAGUGGCACCAUUCCCGAUGAUUUUGGCAACCUAAAGCAUUCACUUGUGUAUCUUGGUCUCUAUUCCAACCACCUAGAAGGCAAUAUCCCAAAAUCCAUUGGGAAUAUAUGCACAUUGGAGGAAUUUGACGCUGAUUGGAACCAGUUGAGUGGAGAGAUUUCAGAUUUUAUGAGCCAUAGUAACAAUUCCCACUGCAUUGGAAAUGUUUCCUCAUUGCAAGUGCUCUCGUUAAAGUAUAAUCAGAUUUCAGGUAUGUUACCCGACCUUUCAAGCCUCACAUCUUUGAGGGAAUUGCAUCUGGAUGGCAAUAAAUUAAACGGAGAAAUACCCACAACCAUUGGGUCGCUUAAGGAGUUAGAGUAUUUGAUGCUAUUUCGUAACUCUUUUGAAGGCAUCCUCUGUGAAUCCCAUUUCAUUAACAUCUCCAAAUUGAAAUACCUAGAUUUGAGUUAUAACUCGUUGACUAUCAAAGUUAAUGAUGAUUGGGUUCCUCCUUUUCAAUUACGAGGUUUGGAUCUAUCAUCUUUGAAUUUCAAUUCUAGAUUUCCUAAUUGGCUUCAAACACAAAAUAACUUAUCCACUCUUUCCCUUUCAAAAGUCAGUAAUCUACCUCCAAUACCUAUUUGGUUUUGGGGAAAAUUGCAAACACUAAAUGAGUUGACCAUUUCAAAAAACAAUCUUACUGGAAAGAUUCCCAAUUUGGGACUCAAUCUUACCAACAAUUAUGCUUUUAUUGAUUUGAGUUCAAAUCAAUUUCAAGGUUCCAUUCCUUCUUUUUUAGUGCAAGCAGGAGCACUAAAUCUUUCCACUAAUAAGUUUUCAGAUUUAGUUCCCUUACUGUGCAACAAAAGUAAUCCAAGCAUUUUGGGAUAUUUGGAUAUAUCACACAAUGAAUUAACGGGAGAGUUGCCUAAUUGUUGGAAUAAUUUAACCUCCUUACAAUAUGUUGACCUGAGUAAUAACAAGUUGUCAGGAAAGAUUCCGUUCUCAAUGGGUGCCCUUGUUAACAUGGAGGCUUUGAUUUUAAGAAAUAAUAAUUUGAGUGGACAACUUACUUCCUCAUUGAGGAACUCAGACAAGCUGGCGAUGGUGGAUCUUGCAGGAAAUAAUUUUGAUGGUCCAAUACCUUCAUGGAUUGGAGACGGUUUACACCAAUUACUAAUCUUAAGUCUGAGGUUCAAUAAUUUCAGUGGGAGUCUACCUUCAAAUCUGUGUUAUUUGAAAAAACUUCACGUCUUGGAUCUCUCACUAAACAACUUAUCAGGUGGAAUUCCAUCAUGUGUGAAAAAUUUUACUUCAAUGGCUAAGAAUACUAUUAGCUCAAAUUCAUUUCAUUUAUAUUACUUCAAUGCCACUGAUAGUGAGAUCGGUGGCAUUGUAUAUGAUUUUGACAUAUCCUUGAUGUGGAAAGGUGUAGACCAACGUUUCCAAGAUGCAGAUAAGCUUUUAAAAAGCAUUGAUCUCUCAAGCAAUCAUCUUACAGGGGAAAUACCAACUGAAAUGGAGUACUUAUUUGGAUUGAUUUCCUUAAAUUUGUCGAGGAACAAUCUCAGUGGGGAAAUCAUUUCAAACAUAGGAAACUUCAAAUCACUUGAAUUUCUUGAUCUGUCGAGAAAUCAUCUGUCAGGCAGAAUCCCUUCCAGUCUAACUCACAUUGAUCGUCUUACUAUGUUGGAUUUAUCAAACAAUCAGCUCUAUGGAAAAAUUCCAAUUGGAACACAGCUGCAGAGCUUUCCUGCUUCGAGUUUUGAAGGGAAUUCUUAUCUAUGUGGAGAACCCCUUGAUACAAAAUGUCCAGGAGAAGAACCGACAAAAUCACAAGUGUCAACAACAAAUGGAGGAGAUGAGAGUUCAAUAUUUUUGGAAGCAUUUUACAUGAGCAUGGGGAUAGGAUUCUUCACUGGAUUUGUUGGCUUGGUAUGCUCAAUAUUGUUACUACCUUCUUGGAGAGAAACUUACUCCAAAUUCUUGAACACUUUGAUAUUGGAAGUCUUGAAGUGGUGGAAGCAGUGAAUGUACCAAUCUAGUUGCUCUAAAAUGGAUGAAUGAUGAGCAGGAUCUCCUGUUCCUGAUGUAUGUGAUGAUUACUAGGCUAAGCCAACUCUUCCCAACUGCAAGUCUGCAACCAUGCAUGAUUUUACACAGAGAGAAGCUCUUAGUUCUUCCGCCAGUACUUAACUUGAUCAGUAUCAAUAUGUGUAACUAUUAGAAUAUAUAACUUAAUCUAGAGUUAGUAAGUAGUGUAAAAAUUAGUUAGAGUUUAUUAUUCUAUUAGUUACUGAUGUGUACACAUUUCAUCAUCUUUCAAUCAAUAAUUCAAUAUGAACCCUAAAGAUUUUUCUUUCA